AUGGCGCUGAUCGGAAGUGUUCUGACGUCCCUGGGGUAUCUCGGAGCUGCGUUCUCCGACAUUUCUAAUGUCCGUCUCAUCUCUUUCCUGUACGGGGCACUACCAGGUAUCGGGCACAACUUGAUCGAAGUGGCAAUCAUUACGGCAAUACUGCAGUACUUCAACACACGCCGACUGGUGGCUCUACUCAUCCCCAAUAGUGGUGCUUUCUUUGGAUCGGUCGCUGCCAGCGUCAUGUCAACCUUCUUUUCUGGAUUCCGUGGCAUCAACAUCUGGAAGAGUUAUCUGCUCGUCCAAGCCGGUGCUGCUUGUGUCAUGAUUCCGUGUAGUUUCUUUCUGAAACCCCUGAAUGCCCGGAUGAAACGUCGAGAAAGUCAAAGUCUACUAUCUUUUUUUAUGGAUAUGGAUGAGCUGAAGGUGUUCCGAUCUAUUCUACUCUACGUCUUCAUGGCAGACUGUUGUUUGUGGGACGGAGGUAUCAGUGUCAUUGAGGCUAAGCUAUCGAGAUUCAAGGGUCUGCGCUGGUACAUGCCCACUGGUCAGUUGUUGGUGACAAUCAUAGCAGUGGCCAGUGUUGUGGGCACCUGCUUCUCAUGCUGUAUCUGCAGUACUAUCCGUCUGAAGAGUGUGGUCAUUGCGAUGGUCGUCUUCAGUGGAAUCCUGUUCCUCCUCAACAUGAUGGCCAGUCUGUUGGAUGACUUCAUCUAUUCCAUCUCCUAUUCCGUACUUGUCGGAGUGUUAAAAGGUUUUGGAAACCCUUUGCUGGAGUAUAUAAUGCCGCUGCUUCUCGGGGAGAACAACGCUGCCAUCGGUGCAGCCAUCAUGUCCUGUGGUCAAGGCAUUGGAAAACUGUCGAUGCCAGCAAUAGCCAAUGAAAUCGAAAAGUCGACACAAAAAGUAGACGGGUGUUUUUACUUUGCCGGGGUUAUCUACUUCCUGUCAGCUUUCGUCAUCGUCUUGACCUACCGCUUACACCUGCGUGUGACCAAAUCUCAGGUAGCCCCGGAUAACCCAGACGAAACGCCUACUCAGGAACCGGAGAGUACUGGGGUUUACAGGGAAAGGUUCUAA